AUGAUAGGAUUCACUGAUGAGAACAGUGAAUGGUUGACACCAGCUAAGAGGAAGCGCAAACUGGAAGAAGCUGAAAGUGGGGAUGACAGCGAUGAACACUGGGAGAACGAGGAAGAUCUGGAGAUGGAGGAUGAGGAGGAGGAGGAGACAAAGAAAGAAGUAAAAGAACAAGGAAAGAAGAAGAAGAAGACUGCCAAAGUAGAAAUCAAAGAAGGAGAAGAAAAGGAGGAUGAUGAUGACGAUGACGAAGAAAUGGUUGAUGACUACGGAGCACCUGAUGGCAGUGGAGAGGAGGAAGCAGAGAGUGAUGGAGAGCUCCUUCCCAUCGAGCGCGCAGCAAAGAAAGCACAACAGCUGAAGGAAGCCUUGGAUCUGGAUAGCGACGACGAUAGUGACGAUGAUGAAGAUGAUGCUAAAAAGAAAAAGAAAUCCGAUUCUGAUGAGGAGGAAGACACGGUACAAGCCAACAUGGAUGAGAUGGACGCAUUCAAGCUCCCCGGGGCAGAGGAGAGUGCGAAUGAAGGCCUCCUGCCUCUGGACCUGAAGACCAUCCAUCAGAGGAUAAAGGACAACAUCGAAGUGCUCUGUAACUUCACAAAGCAGAGAGAAGAGGGCAAAGAGAGGGCCGAGUACCUCUCUCUCCUGAAGAAGGAUCUGUGUACUUACUACAGCUACAACCACUUCCUCCUCGAGAAGCUAAUGGACAUCUUCCCCCUUUCAGAGCUGGUUGAUUUCCUCGAGGCGAAUGAAAUCCACAGACCUGUCACUAUCCGCACCAACACACUGAAGACCAGGAGGAGGGAUCUGGCCCAGGUCAGUGCUCAGAGUGGGAGAGGGGGAUUAAACGGCUAGUUUCUUGCACUCAACAGGGUUCUUAC